GUCGAGUCGAGCCGAGCCGGUGCCCAAGCGAGGCACCUCUUUAAAAUUCAAAUUGACUUGAGUGGGCCAUUUGCCAGCUGGCCAUUUACCCCAGCCACUGUCCUAUCCUGCCCUAUCCUGUCCUGUCCCCUCGUCGGUGACCCAGUUCUUGAGGUCUGGCUCUAAAGUUCAUUUGACCCCCUACCAUCGCUGGUGUGUCAACAAACUCGCGUGCCUUCUGGCCAGGCCAACCGGAGGACUGUCCCCACUCACGGCUGGCAGUGCGGCAACCUCGCAUGACUCAUCGGCCUAAGCGGUCUAAGCCGGGUCUACGGUAACAAAAGCGUUCAAGCGGCUUACUCGCGUCAUCGCCUUGUCUGUUGCCCACUCACCAGCAGUCGAAUCGAAUCCAUCCGACUAUAUUUGGCUAUGGCUGCAAACGGUUCCGGAGAGGGCCUGCCCUCAAAGCUAAGCGAUAUGCGGAUGCGAUUUCAGAAGGCGGAGGAGGAGCGCCGCCGGAACCUAAUGGCGGGCAGGACUAGUAGCAAUGGUCUAGCUACUGUGGCCCCCAGCGCUGUUUCGUCCAGGCUCGUGGGCAAUGGGAAAGUACGCCAAAUGUUCGAUGAGCGGCGUCGCGGAGCUGGCAUCGAUCGCAGUAAUCCGCUGAAGCCCAUUGUUGGUGGGGCUACCACGCCACCGUCGCAGCCCGCUCGUAGCCAUCAGCCAGUUCCACGACUGAUCAAAGAUGUCUCCGCCAUGAGCCUGAAGGACAAGCCAGUCUUGAACAAACGCUUGACCAGUGAUAGCAACAACAACAACAAGUACAAUCCGGCGGGAACUGUGAAUCGGCUAAAGCCUGUGAUUACGAGAAAAACGCCACCGCGUGAAGCGGAGUCCACUCCUCCGAGGAGUCCCAUGCCAAAAGCAACGGCCAGAGCAAAGGCCCAACCGGCCAGUCGGGGGGCAGCAGUCGCAAGUAGUCGCAAGUCACCUCCACUGGUUCGAAAGGCCGAAGCAAAAUCUCCAGUCCCCAAGAAAACAAUGAGUCAGCCGCCUCCUGAUGGUACGUCCCCCUGCCGAUACUGCGGUAGGCACUUCAACACGGAUCGAUUGGAAAAGCACGAGGGUGUGUGCCAGCGCACCAUCACCACCAAGCGCAAGAUAUUCGAUGCCUCCAAGCAGCGUGUGGGCGGCACCGAGGCGGAGAAGUUCACCGCCAAGAGGGGUAAUAAGCAGACUCGCUCUCAGUCCACGUACAGCAGUGCCGCCCAGAUAAAGGGCCUGUCCACGGGCGUAAAGAAAAGCAACUGGCGCAAGAAGCACGAGGAGUUCAUACAGACGAUACGAUCUGCGAAGCAGAUGCAGGCGCAUUUGGCUCGCGGCGGCAAGCUGAGUGACCUUCCACCGCCACCGCCGUCGGAGAAUGCCGACUACAUACAGUGUCCUCACUGCGGCAGACGCUUCAAUCAAACGGCUGCAGAGCGGCAUAUACCAAAAUGUGCCACCAUGAUACACAACAAACCGCGCCAGAACGGACCCACUCUUAUGAAGAAGCGCUGACGACCAAGAGGUGGGUUCGACUAUGAACAGGCCCAUACGUUUACUUGUGAUAAAGGAAUUUUUGAUGAAUGAAACGAUGCUAAACUUAAAA